GGAGCGAGCUGGCUCGGGACACCGCGGGCCCAUUUAUUACAUAACCGCGAGGCGUCCCUCCUCCCCGCGCCCCUCACCCCUCGCCAAGUCGCACGGGUCGAGCGGAUCCCAGGGAGACGUCCCAUUCGCCCGCCCGGCAGAGAGCCCACGGCGGAGUGGGGGGCUGAGCGCUGGGGGCUGAGCACCGGGAUUCCCCCCGCCGCGCGCUUCUCCCCGGCGCUGCCCGCCGGCCCCACACCAGCCCCGCCGGCGCCUCCGCCCCUUGCGCUCCCCGCCCCUCGGAAGCGCGGACCGCAGCGCCUGGGGCCCGGGAAGGGGCCACCGCCCAAGGACGCGGCGCGGUGGGUGCAUCCUGGAGGCAUGUCCGUGCGCCACCGCCGGGGCUGCAGCGGUCCACGCGAGAUGGCCCACAGUGACCCAUGUGCCAGGUAGCAUUCUAUGCCAAUCUUGAAUGCCAACAGGAAGUCACGGGACAGUAAACUCUUCCAGGAUCAUAACUGGGCUGUUGGAGUAACUUGGAAAAGAAGAAAAAAGGAAAACCAUGACAAAAGUAAAUAGAGCCCGGUCCACCUCCCCUCCAGAUGGGGGCUGGGGCUGGAUGAUUGUGGCUGGCUGUUUCCUCGUCACCAUCUGUACCCGGGCAGUAACCAGAUGUAUUUCAGUUUUUUUUGUGGAGUUCCAGACAUACUUCACUCAGGAUUAUGCACAAACAGCAUGGAUCCAUUCCAUUGUAGACUGUAUGACCAUGCUCUGUGCUCCACUUGGGAGUGUUGUCAGUAACCAUUUAUCCUGUCAAGUGGGAAUCAUGCUGGGUGGCUUGCUUGCAUCUACUGGUCUCAUCCUGGGCUCCUUUGCCACCAGUCUGAAGCAUCUCUACCUCACUCUGGGAGUUCUUACAGGUCUUGGAUUUGCACUUAGUUACUCUCCAGCUAUUGCCAUGGUUGGCAAGUAUUUCAGCAGACGGAAAGCCCUUGCUUAUGGGAUCGCCAUGUCGGGAAGUGGCAUUGGCACCUUCAUCCUGGCUCCUGUGGUCCAGCUCCUUAUUGAACAGUUUUCCUGGCGGGGAGCACUACUCAUUCUUGGGGGCUUCGUUUUGAAUCUUUGUGUUUGCGGUGCCUUGAUGCGGCCAAUUACUCUUAAAGAGUACCAGACAAGUCGAGAGCCAAACCAUGUCUGUAGAACUCAGAAACAAGACUUCAAGCGGACGUCUCCUUGUUCAACUUGGACUAAAGCAUGGGUGCAGACCUGCCUCUGUUGCUCUUUGCAGCAGGAGUACAGUUUCUUACUGAUGUCAGACUUUGUUGUUUUAGCCAUCUCUGUUCUGUUUAUGGCUUACGGCUGCAGCCCUCUCUUUGUGUACUUGGUGCCUUAUGCUCUGAGUGUUGGAGUGAGUCACCAGCAAGCUGCUUUCCUUAUGUCCAUACUUGGGGUGAUUGACAUCGUUGGCAAUAUCACAUUUGGAUGGCUAACCGACAGAAGGUGUCUGAAGAAUUACCAGUAUGUUUGCUACCUCUUUGCCGUGGGACUAGAUGGGCUCUGCUAUCUCUGCCUACCAAUGCUUCAAAGUCUCCCACUGCUCGUGCCUUUUUCUUGUACUUUUGGCUACUUUGAUGGUGCCUAUGUGACCUUGAUCCCAGUAGUGACUGCAGAAAUAGUGGGGACCACCUCUUUGUCAUCAGCACUCGGUGUGGUGUACUUUCUUCAUGCAGUGCCAUACUUGGUGAGCCCACCCAUUUCAGGAUGGCUAGUAGACACGACUGGCAGCUACACAGCUGCAUUUCUUCUCUGUGGAUUUUCAAUGAUAUUUAGUUCUGUGUUGCUCGGCUUUGCUAGACUUGUGAAGAAGAUGAAAAAACCCCAGCUGCGGAUCCUUGCCCAAGAAUCUGAUGCCAAACUGCAGCUAUGGACCAACGGAUCGGUGGCUUAUUCUGUAGCAAGUGAAUUAGAUCAGAAAGACCGGGAAUCUGUGGCUAUUUCUGUGCCUGGUUACAAUCCCACAUGACCAAUGGCCUUGAGCUUGGGCAUCUGCAGGGCUAAGAGAGGUGGGACCACUGGCUUGUACCUGUUUCUAAAGCAUUUUAUUUUGGCAGAAGCAUUGCCUUCCAAGGAAAUUAUUAUUGUUGUUUUGUUCACAUAUUUAUAGGGGGAAAUAGCAAGUAACAAAGCAAGCUGGACUGGCUCAGAGUUUCCUCAUUUGGGAUUUGCACUCACAAUGGAACUCACAUCUUUCAGGCAGUGAGCAUCACUCCAUAGAGAAUGUUAGGACAUAGCUGAUGUAGUUAGCUGUAAUUAGGGGUAAUUCCAAGGCAUGAACAAAGAAGAUGACACUGGGCAGCAGCUUUGUCUCAAACCCUCUGGGCCUCCACCUUCCUUCUUCAGUUAGAAGGUGAAGAGAAUCAUUGACAUGUAGGUUUGUCUACUUUAUACUGUGAAGGAAGGGAUCAGCUGAGGUAUGGUAGUGGAAGGUGAAGGUGCCAAACCUUUUUCAUAGUGGAGCUUCUCAUUAGGGUUUUAAACAGGAUUGUUAAAGAAUACUUUAGAUUCUUCAAGACAAUGGUUGAUACAGAAUGAAAGGGACUGUCUCCCCCUCCACCCUUCUUACUCCUUCAGCUAGCCCUUGCCUUUGGUAACGGUGGGCACCACUUUGAGAAUCCAAAGAAUCACAGAAUGCCGUGGUUGGGAAUUAUCCUAAGGGUGACUGGUAAGAUCUUCUGUUUGAAAUAGUGCACUGGAAAAUGAAAGGCUUUUUCCUAAAACUGUGUCCCAGACUCGCACCUUCGUUACUAUCACGUGCAAUACUUAUUUUAAUUUAGCAAAACAACCAAGUUGCAAGGGCAAUUUCUACCUUUAAUGUUAACACCAACACUUGGUGUGUUUGUUUUUUUCCUCCUUGGGAAAAAAGUUCUUGUUUAUGAAUUGCAGACACAUUCCUGUUAGGAAUGGAAAAAUAUUGGCAGUAUUCCAACUGGCCAAGAAUUGAACUUUUGAAUCAGCAGGUCUCUGGUGAGAGUUUUCUUUUCAGAUUAGACAUUUAGGUUCAUCAUCGCCUAAAACAGGAUUUGGGGGUUUUGCCUGAAAAAUAUUAUUCUAGAGAUAUUCUGAAGGUGAGAUGCCUUUCUCUCUGUGUUACUUCCUGCUCAAUUGUCCACUACUUUUUAUCCUCAUGGAUACUCAUUAGAAACUUAGUGGACGUUUUUAGCUGAAUGAGAAUGUGUCAGGGGUUAACUUCAGCAUCAUAGUACUCUCAUAAAUUAUAACUUCGAUCAUGGGAGAGGAAGAAGUUUAAGAAGGCUAGUGGUGUGAUAUUUUAUAAUUCAUAGAACACUUUAAUUGACUGGAUUAGAAUAGUUUACUAAUUCCCAAGUACUCUACUUUCCACUGGUUUGGGAUAAUUUCUGAGUCUUCAGAUUGAAGAGGGAAGGCAUGGGGAGAGAAGAGAUGGCCCCCAACUUGUCUCUAAUCCCUUUAAUUACACAGCAUGAUAAUCCUGAACCCCAAAUUAUGUUACACUUUUAAAUAGGGGCAAGUUAUACAAUUAAAAGUGGAUUUUAACUCUUGAACACAUUUCAAUUUGAACUUCAAGGAAAUAUUUUGACGCUGAAGGCCAUUUAAUCCACUGUCCUCCAAGAGACCUCACAAAUGCCCUACCAGAGGUACUGAGAGGGGAAAAAACACGGCAAUGAGGAAGAUUUUAGAUGAACUAAGCAUGUUCAGCAAGUCUUUGCACAUAACUGGAUUAUUUAAUAAAACUACAUAUUAAUGCUUUCAGAAUGAAAUACUGACUUGAUUUGAUGGGAGAAAACUGUAAUAUUUCAUAGUUGUUUUUCAAAGAAAUUUCAAUGUUAUUUGUUAUCUUUUUACUUAGUGUGAGAAUUUAGUUGUGAACUUUGUCACCUAUAAUUUUUUUCGAGCAAUGUGUUUUUCCUUUAUUUUAUUUUUCCAUCACCAUUCAUCACCAUAAACCCUCUUCCACCCACCUCCACAGUCACUGCACUGUUGUCCAUGUCUGUAAGUUCUUUAUUGUUCUCUUCUUCUCUGUAAUUUUAAAACAAUACUUGGAAAAUAUCUGUAAAAAGUCAAAGUUGAAAAUGAAGUUACAUGUGUUUAGAAUAGCACUUUACACCAAAUGUCAUUUCUUGAACCUUCAAGUCUAAAGUUUUUUUUAAAAUAGAAACAGUUAUUAAUAUUAUUAUAUAUAUAUAUUUCCUAGAAGUGAUCAUAGUAAAAUUUUAUUUCUCUGGUCCUGAAAUAUAAUUUCUCUAAAGUAUUAUAAAUAUUCAUGAAAAAUGAGCAUAGAGAUCAGAGCUUUUAAAAAUUUGUAUAAUAUAUUUGAGAUACUUUGACUUUAUACAUGCAUAAAUUUCUAUUUUAUUUUUCUUGCGGGGGGUGGGGCAGCAUAUUUAGAAAACCAGUAGGGAAAUGUAGAUCUUAGAGACUAUCAUUGUCAUCUACACACAAUUGUUUAUUUCAAAUGGAAGGAUUUGUGGAAAUGAUGUGUUUUGUGGGAUGAAGGACAAAAUUGUGGUGAGAUGAUGCCAGAUCUUAAAUAUUUUUUAUGUCACUGCAAGCUAUACUCUGAAAUUGAGUAGGAAAACAAAGAACAUUAAGUGCUGUCAAUACUUUUUCAAAUUGUGAUGUCUCUAAUAGAUCAGAAAUUUAUGCUAAUAUUUUCUUUUUUCAAAAGCUUAAUAAAAUGAGUUUAUAGUCGUGUGUGGAAAAA